AUGCCUACCUUCCGUCGCCCCUGUCUCUCCCUCCCGUCGCUCUCGUCUCUCCCUCCCUUUGCUCCCAUCUCUCCCUCCCGUCGCUCCCGCCGUUCCGUCUUGUUGCUCCCAUCUCCCCUCUUGUCGCUCUCGCGGAUCCCUCCCGUCACUCCCGCCGCUCCCUCUCGUUGCUCUCGUCUCUCCCUCUCGUCGCUCCCACCUCUCCCUUUCGUCCCUCCCACCACUCCCUCCUGUUGCGCUGCUCCCGCCUCUCCCUCUAGUCACUUCUGCCUCUCCCUCUCGUUGCUCUUGCCUCUCCCUCGCUUCUCUCUCGACGCUCCUAUCCUCCCUAUCUCCUUGCUCGUUGCUCCCUUACUAGCUCGCUCCGCUGCUCCUAUUGCUUCCUCUCUCUUCACCCGCCGUUACCUUCGACACAUGCAUCUCGUGCUUUCGUCGCUCCUCUCGCCGUGUGCUCUUGCCUCUCUCUCGCUUCUCUCUCGACGCUCCUAUCCUCCUAUCCCCUUGCCUGUCACUCCUUCCUAG